UGGCUUUACAGUACAUCUAUACAAAGUCUCACACCCCCACUUUUCAUUCCCAAACCAAACAAGGAAUAAGCUGAUUGUUCAUUAAGGAUGUCUCUUGUCACAGAAGAGAUCAAAGCCAAAGCUGACGAGGUCUACUAUGGAGAUGAGAAAUGCCAAGAGAAAUCAAAGGAGUUGCUAAAGGAAGUGGGGCUUCCAAAUGGGCUGUUGCCAAUGAAAGACAUGGAGGAGUGUGGGAUUGUAAGGGAGACAGGCUUUGUUUGGCUGAAGCAGAAGAAGAGCUACACUCAUAACUUUGAAAAGAUUGGGAGGCUGGUUACUUAUGCCACUGAAGUUACAGCCUAUGUGGAGAAUAACAGGAUCAAGAAGCUUACUGGAGUCAAGGCUAAGGAGCUCUUGAUUUGGCUUAAACUCAAUGAAAUCUAUGUUGAUGACCCGCCAACUGGAAAGAUCACGUUCCGCUCCCCAACCGGCCUCUCGAGAUCUUUCCCUGUGUCGGCUUUCGAGGUUGAAGAAGAAGUUAAGGAGGUGGAGGAGAAGGGUAAAGAGAAGGAAGUAGUGAAUGCAGCUACUACUGCCAUAGAGGUGAAGGAGGUCUGAUUUUGUUUCUUUAGAGCUUCAAGGGAUCUCUCUCUUCUUCUGUACUGGUUUGUUGUUGGCUAAAACUGUUUCCUAUGGUGUUUCUGAUGUUCGAAGUCUAUUUUUCUAUUGAAUAAACAUUGAUAAGAAGUUGUUUAUGGAUUGUAACUGAAAACAAAGCUGUCAAGGACUUCUCUAUAUCGAGAUCACACCAAUGAAAAACUUAAACCCAUUUGAUAA